ACCGAUUCCACCACACGAUCGUAACACAUGAUAAACAAAAUUAAAGAGAAAGUGACAGUGGCGUACGUGAUGGACAUUUUCGAGUGAAAAAAGCGCCGGAAAAUGCCGCUGUUGCAAGAAAGCACCCCCAAAAGAGACAUGCUGGACUCUCAGGAGAAGACCCCGUUGUCCUCCGUCUCCUACCCGGCGAUGUUCACCCCAUCUCAACUCCUGAUGGCAAGUCACCUCAUGGCAGCGUCCCGUUUAAGCCUCCCUACAAACCCCGCUUUCUUUCACCCAGGCCUCCUACCCCUCGCUUGGCAAGCCAACUCACCCCCAUCACCCCCAGCCACCAGCGACCUUCCGGCCCUCAAAUCCCGCAAACUCAACAACAACAACGUCGUCAGUAGUACCAACCAAGAGAUUCGCGGCCCAAAACGAAAAACUUGGAAAGUGGAAGAAGACAGUCCCUCCCCCACGUCGAGUGUUUCCCCCGAAGUGAAAGACUCGAGUCGAGACCGGCCUUUCACUUGCGAGGUGUGCAACAGAUCGUUUGGAUACAAACACGUUUUGCAAAACCACGAACGUACUCACACCGGGGAAAAACCCUUCGAGUGUCAGGAGUGCCACAAGAGGUUCACUCGCGACCACCAUUUGAAGACUCACAUGAGGCUCCAUACGGGGGAGAGGCCCUACCAUUGCGAGCACUGCGACCGCCAGUUCGUCCAAGUGGCGAAUUUGCGACGGCAUUUGAGGGUCCACACGGGGGAAAGGCCCUACAGUUGCGACCACUGCUCGGCCAAAUUCUCCGAUUCGAACCAACUCAAAGCCCAUGUCCUCAUCCACACCAACGAGAAGCCCUUUGAGUGCGACAAAUGCCAUGGACGCUUCCGGCGGAGGCACCACCUGGUGCACCACAAAUGCGGCGCCGAGGAGGAGUGGGCUGCGCCCCCCGUCGAUCCCUCUGGUGACGCUCCCCCUGCACGUGUCGUUGCCCGAGCAGACCGAACCCGAGGACCUCUCCAUGACCACCGGCUUGCACUCGCACAGCAGCGGCGAGUCCCCCUUGUCGAGGUCCCCCAGCUCGCGGGAGGAGGACGACGAGGACCUCGACCCCCACGAAUCCGCCGCGAUUUUCCUCCACACCUAGUCGAAGGUAUGAACAGUUUCAGGGAUUUUUGUUGUUUUGUACAGUUGAUUGGUAUGCAAGUUCCUCGCCAAUAG